CUCAAGAUGGCGGCUGUGGUGCUGGCGGCGACGCGGUUGCCGCGGGGCUCGGGUUCUUGGGGCCGCUCGAGGUUGAGGUUUGGGCCUCCUGCGCACAGACGGUUUAGUAGUGGUGGUGCCUAUUCCAACAUCCCCCUCUCUUCUCCCUUACCUGGAGUACCCAAGCCUGUUUUUGCUACAGUUGAUGGACAGGAAAAGUUUGAAACCAAAGUCACCACAUUGGACAAUGGGCUUCGCGUGGCAUCUCAAAAUAAGUUUGGACAGUUUUGUACAGUAGGAAUUCUUAUUAAUUCAGGAUCAAGAUAUGAAGCAAAAUAUCUUAGUGGAAUUGCUCACUUUUUGGAAAAAUUGGCAUUUUCGGUCAGUGUCCAGUUUUGUAAUUUUCUAGACUAUACUUUUGAAGGAUGUUUGAAGUUUUUCUUUUUUUAAUGGUAAUUUUAAUAAACUAUUAAGUUGCUAAAUUAAUGCUAAUAAAAGGCUUAAGUUAAAAAA